CACCUCCAUAAUGGAGGCUAUUUGAGUGUGAAAAACCAUAGGCCUACAGUUAGCCAUUGUUAGCAACUAGCUAGCGUUAUCUUAAUAACAUCUAUCAACCAAGGCCUGUCUCCAACGCGAAUUUAACACUGCCUGGGUCAAUAGAGAUGGAGAAUGGGAAGCAUGAUCUGUUGCUAGUCAAAGAGGAGAUAAGAGGACGGACCAGCGAACAUUGAUCUGCUGAAGAUGGAAGAGCAAGGUGGUUGGCUGGAGGCUAACAGAGGAGAGUGCGUGUCCAUCUUGGAUCCCAAGACCCAGAUGGGUGCAGCCAAGGGCCUAGGGGACGACAUCACAGAUCAGGCCAGGACCAGAGGUGACAUAGUGGAGUCUGCAGUCCAUGAAGACCUGCUGACCUGUAUUCGGUGUUGCUGGUGGGAGAGACUGGACCUCUGAGGUGGCUGGUCACAAACCCUGUCCCCGGAUCAGGACACUGGAUCAGGAGCCAUCUCUCUUCCUUCCCGAGUCGGACCUGGCACUGAACCACUAGGGACAGAGACUCCACCACCACACAGAUCACCGCCAGUGGACAGGUGGACUGAACAACCUCAGUCCUGGUGGUCAUCAGAGAGACAGAGGCUCCAGUCAUGGAUCCAGUCUGCAGCCCCAGACCCUUCUCUUCACAGUCUCAGAGCAGGCAUGAAGCAGGACCUGGGGCUGAUAGAGAGAGACGCUCCUGUUCCUAUGAUACAAACACCACAGUCAUCCUGGAUACAGGUCACCCUGGACUUCAGCCUUCACAGAGAGUGGUGGGAGACUCCACUGGUGGGAGUCUAUCAGGAAAUCUGUUUUCUCCUUCAGCGUCUCAUCUAAUGCCUCGUGACUGGGUUCAUAGAAGGUCUGGGCCUGGACCUGGGUCUAGCCUUCCUCAAUUAGAGUACCUCGUGGUUACCCCACCAAUACAGACAGUGCCAGGAUGGGCAUUCACAACAAAAGGUGAAGGACAUCUAACUGGAGGCCACAAGAGCUUUGUGAAGCCAGCAGGACACAAUACAUGGAGAGAUGACCAACCAAUCACCUUUGAUGAGGGGAGUGGAACCUCAACCCAGCAUGUUAUCAUGAUAGAGUCUGCAGAUACAGGUCCUGGGGUCAAGCUGGAGAGGUCUGAAGGAGAGGAGGACCCACGGCAAAGCAGAGACAUUCAGACUGAAAUGGCUGGAGUGCCCCCUGUAGCCAUGCAGGACCCCACGACAGCCCCAGUGCAGCCCAGAACUCGACACAGCAUCACGGAGGUCAGUGGAACGCUGAACACCGUCCUCAAGACAGAGACAGAUACCAAUACUUUAACUGUAACACACAGGCUGUUACACACAAGAUCUGACCACAGAUCAGACCCAGAGAGACUGGAGCCACUGGGCUGUCCUCCUGCUUCUGGCUCAGUGUAUUUACCGAUAUUUCGCCAGAGGACGGUUCAUUCCUUUGGGGAUGGUGACGCGUUAGACACUGGCGGUAAUGAUCCGUCUUGUUCUUACGCUUCAGAGAUGGACCCUGGCAACAUGCCCUUGGUUUUAGAGACACAGACUGAUCUGUCAAGAGGGGACUGGAACCGGCACAGUAGUAGUGGAUACUCUGAAGGGUGCCUAGAUAAGAAAGGGGAGGGUCUGGUCGUAGAUGAAGUGACUGUGAAAGUGGAGGGCGACGUUCCUCCCACAUGGAAUGCAGCUAAUCACCUAGGAGACGGACACUCACGGGGCAGAGAUUUCUUAGAUUACAGGAAAAGCUUAGAGACAAAUCCAGAUGUCAUUACCCACUCCCCUCUACACAUGCUCGGGGAUCGCGACCCAGUGUCCACGUCGAGGGGGCCUUCCGAUUCACAUGGCCAUGUCCUUUUCGAUCAGGCUCAGGGAGGGGGAGCCACAUCAGGCAACAGUAAAGAGAAACGGUUCCUCUGCAUGUUCUGUAACAAAGGAUUCAGCUGCCUCCAGAAGGUGGAGAUCCACCAGAGGGUCCACACAGGGGAGAAACCCUUUAGUUGUACUCAGUGUCAUAUGCGCUUCACCCAGGCUGGCCACCUGAAGAGACACCAGAUGGUCCACACAGGGGAAAAACCCUACAGCUGUACCCAGUGUCACAUGCGUUUCGCCCAGGCUGGUGACCUGAAGAGGCACCGGAGGGGUCACACAGGGGAGAAACCCUUCAGCUGCCCCCUUUGUGAGAAUAGGUUCUCAGAGAGGACCUACCUCAGGAUACACCAGCAGAAAAAACAUUCCACUCAAUAGAAAAUAACCAUUCCACUUGAUAGCUUCUGACUUGAGAUCAAACCCUUCACUAAAGACAAGGAUUCAUUUUUAUUUUUGUCAGCAGAAAAGACCCACCGAUGCAUUUGGAAUAACGAGAUUAACAGAUUUCAGUGUUGAAUUUUCCUAGGUAGAAUAUUGCAUCCAGACAUUGUGUGAUCUGUAAAGGCAUAUACAGUUGAAGUCGGAAUUUUACAUAGACUUAGGUUGGAGUCAUUAAAACUCGUUUUUCAACCACUCCACACAUUUCUUGUUAACAAACUAUA